AUGGGGUCAUCCAGCGUAGCUGAAGAUUUUCUUCCUCCGCGGGCUCCGUCCAGUGCCACUAUUCGACGGAUCAAUUUUCUCGAGACAGACCCGCCUAUCCCCAAAUACAAGGAUUACAAUGCUGCCGUUAUCGACAACGUGCUGACGGAAGAAGAAUGCAAAGAGUUGCUUCGCAUGGCAGAAGCUACAACUGUCAAGGACUCUUCUAGCUCUCCAACAUGGGAACGCGCGAUGAUCAACGUCGGAGGCGGGAAACAGGUACUCGCUACUGACCAUCGAAACUGCGGAAGAAUCAUACUGGAUUCCCCCGAGCUGGCGGACAAGCUGCUCGCUCGCCUGGUGCCAUUCCUCAAAGAAUUGGGGGCUGAUCAUAUCAGCAAUCAGCCGCAUGUGACCGGUCUCGCAGGACGAGGCAGGGCAUACCAACUCUCUCGGCUGAAUGAGAAACUGCGGUUCCUGAAAUACGAGGGUGGUGAAUACUUCCGACCUCAUUGGGAUGGACACUACAUCACACCGGAUAAGCACGAGAAGUCCUGGUAUACUGUGCAGCUGUAUCUGAACGGCGACGGAGAGCAGGAUCUGGAGGAGUUGCUACAGGCUAGUAAGAAGGCGGAGGCGGAACCUCAGGGCAGCUCCAAUAUGGAUCUAUCGGGCAAGCUCUUAGGAGGAACAACAACCUUCACCCCAAGAUAUGAGGAGCAAGAUGGCAAAGUCCGAGUAUUUCCUAAGACAGGGAGCAUUCGCAUAUCGAUCUCGCAUCUCCCCGAGCCUCUCACCAUCACGAGAAGAAAUUUGAGCUCGACAGCGAGCCGGAAGACAGAAGAAAAGGCAGAGACAAAGCAUCAAGCUACGGCUCGUCCAUCGCAUCCGCAGUCAUUGACCAUUGAAGGCAAGGCCUACCGUACAGACCAAUGGACCAACACCCCAGACACGAUACUGUCCCACGUCGGACGUCGGCUGUACCUCGACGAGAACCACCCUCUCGCGAUCACGCGCAAACUGAUCGAAAGCCAGUUCCCCGGCCCGGUAUACGGUAACUACUCCGAGAAGAACCCCGUCGUGUCUGUCGCGCAGAACUUCGAUGUCCUUGGGUUCGCGCCGGACCACCCGGGCCGCAGCCGGACGGACACAUACUACAUCAACGACAAGACGGUGCUCCGGACACACACCAGCGCCCACCAACAGGCAUACUUUCAACAGAUCAACCGCAACGAGGCCACCCGCCCGGAGGAGGUAGGGUAUACGGUGGUCGCGGACGUGUACCGGCGCGAUGCAAUCGACCGCAGCCACUACCCCGUCUUCCACCAGAUGGAGGGCGCCAUGCUCUGGAAGCGCCCGGACACAGACCCGCUCAAGCACGCUGCCCACACCGCAGCAGCCAUCAUGCAAGACGUGAACCGCAUCCCCGCGCACGGCGUCCCCGUCGAGGACCCCAACCCGACGAUCCACGCCGAGCGCAACCCGCUCCAGGCCGAGCACCAUACCGCCGAGGAAGUCGAGGCCGUCGCGGCGCACCUCAAGCGCUCGCUCGAACGCAUGGUCAUCAAGAUCUUCACGGAGGCCCGCAAGGCCACCGCCGCCGCGGGUGGCGGCGCAGGCGCAGGCGCAGACGCAGAAGCCGAGCCUCUCAAGGUCCGCUGGGUGGAGGCCUACUUCCCCUUCACCAGCCCGUCCUGGGAACUCGAAGUCUUCUGGCAAGGCGACUGGCUCGAGAUCCUGGGCUGCGGGGUCAUCAAGCAAGACCUGCUCAUCAACUCGGACGUGCCGAACCGCAUCGGCUGGGCGUUCGGGCUGGGCCUCGAGCGCAUCGCCAUGCUCCUCUUCAACAUCCCCGAUAUCCGGCUGUUCUGGUCCCGCGACGAGCGCUUCCUCUCGCAGUUCAAGGCCGGCCAGAUCACCCGCUUUGAGCCUUUCUCCAAGCAUCCCGCCUGCUACAAGGAUGUGGCUUUCUGGCUGCCGUCUGCAGCUGUGAGCGGGGGCAGUGCGGCGGGUGGUGCCGUGCCCAUCCAUGAGAACGAUAUCAUGGAGAUCGUCCGUGGCGUGGCGGGGGAUCUCGUCGAAGACGUACGACUCAUCGAUGAGUUCAGCCAUCCCAAGACGGGCAGGAAGAGCAUGUGCUACCGGAUUAACUACAGGAGUCUGGAGCGCACGCUGACGAACGAAGAGACUAAUGGGCUUCAUGAGAAGCUGCGCGAAAAACUCGUUGGCCAGUUGGGUGUUGAGUUGCGGUAG